CGCGGGGCCUGUCCGGGCUCCGAACCCCCCCGGAUCUCAGCGCGGCGCUUGGCGAUGCUGGGGCCCGUCGUGCGGCCUCGGUGACCCCCGGGCCGGUACCCGCCCGGCGGAGAGCCCGGCUCGUUUCGGUGCUCCGUCUGCGGACGCGGGCUCUGCCCCCGCGCCGCGGCCUCGCGGGGUGCCGGGGGCUGCCGGGCGGUAACGGGAAGGGACCUUUCGGCUCUGCGGCUGGGGCGUGAUGCAGCCUUAGGAAAUGCUCACUUAUGUUUCGCUCCUUACCCACCAUGUGUUUGUAGUUGGGAACUUAAUUCAUCCCGGUCUUUGUACCAAGUGAUGCAUUUAAUGCCCCGGUGACAGCCUUGGUCAGCCUGCAGGAACGUAGUUAUGGGAGAGCCUUUAACAAGAUGUAUUUUAUUUGCAGUCGUCCUGACUUGUUUUCUCUGGCGGGGGUGGGGAAUGGGUUACGUUUGUAGCUGAAGAAACAGAUUGAUCUACAUGUGCUUCACUGUCCAUUGGAAGAAUGACAGAUGACAAAGAUGUGCUUCGGGAUGUGUGGUUUGGGCGAAUACCGACCUGUUUCACUCUGUAUCAGGAUGAGAUAACUGAAAGGGAGGCUGACCCCUACUAUUUGCUUUUGCCAAGGAUAAGCUACUUGACACUGGUAACAGACAAAGUGAAGAAGCACUUUCAGAAAGUUAUGAGACAGGAGGAAGUUAGUGAAAUAUGGUUUGAAUACGAAGGUACACCACUGAAAUGGCAUUACCCCAUUGGUUUGCUCUUUGAUCUCCACGCAUCAAAUACAGCCCUUCCUUGGAGCAUCACAGUACAUUUCAAGAAUUUUCCAGAAAAGGAUCUUCUACACUGCCAUUCUAAGGAUGUGAUUGAAGCUCAUUUUAUGGCUUGCAUAAAAGAAGCAGAUGCUUUAAAGCACAAAAGUCAAGUCAUCAAUGAAAUGCAAAAAAAGGAUCAUAAGCAAUUGUGGAUGGGAUUACAGAAUGAUAAAUUUGAGCAGUUUUGGGCAAUAAAUCGAAAACUCAUGGAGUAUCCUCCAGAAGAUAAUGGAUUUCGAUACAUCCCAUUUAGAAUUUAUCAGGCAACAACAGAGAGACCUUUUAUACAGAAGCUCUUUCGACCAAUUGCUUCAGGAGGACAGUUGCAUACUUUGGGAGACCUGCUAAAAGAUGUGUGUCCUAGUGCUAUCACCCCUGAAGAUGGAGAGCAGAAGACUCAAGUGAUGAUUCAUGGAAUUGAGCCAAUGCUGGAAACACCCAUUCAGUGGCUAAGCGAACAUAUGAGCUAUCCAGAUAAUUUUCUCCACAUUAGUAUCAUUCCCCGACCUACUGAUUGAAACUCAGCUAUAUUCCUCUGAGGAUCAUUCUCAAGCUGGAAUUCUAAGGGCAUGUCAACUUCUUGCUUCUGUCAGUCUUGACAGAGGCAGCCUGACCAGAAAAAAAGAAACCAACAAAAAGCCGAAACAAAACAAGAAGUCCUCACUGCUGUAAGCCAAACAGGAAGAGAGAUCCUAUCAUCAGAUAAGGGCAAAUGGGCUGAUCUUAUUUUGCAUCACUGCUGCGUUUGUUCACCACUGUAAUUAAAUCAGUUGCGAUAUGAAAGAAUUUACAGGACUUCUGCAAGUCUGCUGUUUUCUUGUAAAAUAUAAUGUAGCUGAAACUGUCAGCCGAAGAGCAAAUGGAAAUAUGCCACUUGAUUGUAUUUCUGAUUAACAAAUAAACAGGGCUGUUUCCUAAA